AUGAGAUCUGCCUCUGAGGCCGCGGCCGAGGAGGAGGAGGGAGGAGGAGGAGGAGAGGGGGGGAGGAGGAGGAGGAGAGGGGGGGGAGGAGAGGAGGAGGAGGAGGGAGGAGGAGGAGGAGGAGGAGGAGAGAGGGGGGGAGGAGGAGGAGGAGAGGGGGGGAGGAGGAGGAGGAGGAGGAGGAGGAGGGAGGAGGAGGAGGAGGAGGAGGAGGAGGAGAGAGGGGGGAGGAGGGGAGGAGGAGGAGGAGGAGGAGGAGGGGGGAGGAGGAGGAGGGGAGGAGAGGGGGGGGGGGAGAGGAGGAGGAGGAGGGGGGAGGAGGAGGAGGAGGAGGAGGAGGAGGGAGGAGGAGGGGGAGAGGGGGAGUGUAGUUCACCCUCUGACGCACCAACCUGGCGCACCGCAGUAUGCCACACCAGCGAAGCUCCGGCACAAACACACCGAAGCAAAGCUACCAACGCGACCACCAGACAAGCACUACUCGCCCGGCCACCCACCCCAUCACACAGACGACAGGUCGCCGCCCCACGCACCCGUCAGACCAAAACCCCCAGCCAAUAUCAUGAUAGCCAGGGCGGGGGGGGGGGGGGGGGGGCGCAUCCGACAAAGCGCGCCACCAAACCUAAUCAACGCUCGCUCCUGAAAACAAAGCCCGACGCAGCCCCCCGUCCCCGCGACCCACGCCUCCGAGCUCCCCCCGACAUCACCCACCCCCUCACCCCGACCACCAACCCACACUCUGCACCAAGCGCUCCCCCAAGGACGGCAGCGCCCGCCCCGACUACACUACCGAAAACAGCGAACCACCAGCACCUUCAGUCGACCCCCCCUGACAACCCACACCCGGAGCCCACCGCCGACCCUCACCAAGCAUCUCCCCCCCCCAGAGCGGAGCAGCUAAAAUCCCAGGCCAAAACACCCCCCACGCCCCCCCACCACCCCCCACAACCGGCCCUCCCACGACACCCCCCCGCAACCCACACACCCCCCCGCCUGGCCCGAUCCAGGCACUUCUCGCCACCCAACCUCGCCACAAUAGGCAGUGCCGCUAAUCGCCGAACCCACUUACACUGGGACAGCCCGAGAAAACAAAUACGCCAGACUACCGACCUCUACCGGGAAUCCCACCCCAAAGCAAAAACAAUACUCAUACAGCCCGCCCAGACCCCCCGACUCCGUCCUAGCAACCCAAAUCUCUUCAGCCACAUCAUCCACACCGAGCCCCUGCCACAAGCACAAUUAUACAACCCCAGCAACCCGAAAACCAACCCAACCACUCUUCAACCCUCCCUACUCGACCCAGCCCAUAGAAAAACACACGUGGGACCGCCCGAAGGCCAAGCAUACCACCGACCCCUCAGAUACGCCCCAUCCAGAACCCGCACGCCAGGAGAAAAAGAGCGGUGCCACGCUAAGCGUGCGAACACACCGGCAACCCAAACGACUACACCACCCACACGCCAGGCCCCGUCCAGCACAACAACCGGACACUGCGGCACCCGCCAAACUGACUGGGCGGAACAAUCCCCGACCCCGGCCAAGCAUGGCCCCCCCACCCCGACGAAGAACCAUAACAGCCCCACGAACACACGGGCGACACGCAAGACGAAGGCGAACAACCUGAUCCCAGUCACCACACACCACCGUACCCCCACCUCCCCUACACAUCCCAAGGGGCCCCCCAGACGUACCCCCCCCCGACGCCCCACCCGACGACAGCCUUUACCAGAUCCCCGGGAACCCCAGACCAACCCACAGCGCCCGGAUCUCACAAUCCCAAUACCCUCCACCCAUCGAUCCUCGGACCAGGUCCCCCUCCGGCCGCGAGACCACGCCACCGCCCCCCCCCACUCCUGCCCGACAGCCUCCCACAGGAAACCCCCCACACGCGGAAUCGCACACCGUACAGCCAGGAACGUCACACGACCGACCCCCAGGCCGCUCCAACGCUACCCCCAGUCACCUGGGCCCGCCAGUGACACAAGCGCUCCCUACACCCACCAAAACGCCCCCCACAGCCGCCCCAUUCCGCCACCCAUGCCCCCUACUCCCCCCCCCCACGUACCCCCGCAUCAGUCCACGACCCCCCAUGUCCCACUCCACCCACAACCUGACCCCCCGCACCCCCAACUCAUCCCCACCCCUCCCCCCCCCCCCCGGCGAAACGCCUAA